UGUGUGGUACACUAGCCAAUCGCCUUCCCAAAUUCCAUGGCAUAUCUGUCAUAAUUAACAUCACCACCUACCUUCUUUAACUCAAGGAAGAAGAGAGAAGUCCUGUACUUCCAAACUCCAGUCUCCAUUCUCCAUGUUUCCCAUCUCUGCUUGGAUUGCUCUUCUAUGGAUAACAUUACUAGUUGGGGUUUGGUCCUUUAUCUAUCUCUUUGGUACAAAGAGAAGCAAAGGUAGGCUACCUCCUGGCCCACCAGGUAUUCCCAUCCUCGGCAACCUUCUCAUGUUGGGUGACCUCCCUCAUCAAGCCCUCUAUAAGUUGGCCAUGAAGUAUGGCCCGAUCAUGCACAUACGUCUCGGCCUAGUUCCAGCAGUGAUAGUCUCAUCCCCUCAGGCAGCCCAACAGUUCCUCAAGAAGCACGAUCUCGUGUUUGCCAGCCGACCCAUCACCGAGGUCGGCAAGUACAUCUCCUACAACUGCAAGGGACUGGCCUUCUCGCCAUAUGGAACCUACUGGCGAAACGUUCGUAAGUUGUGCACCCUAGAGCUGCUUAGCAACCUCAAGAUCGAGUCGUUCAGAUCCAUGAGGAAAGAAGAGCUGAGCCUGCUUGUGGAGACACUCAUGGACAGCGCUCGUGCCCACACUGCCGUCGACGUUAGCGCUAAGGUGGCAUCUUUCUACUUGCAGAUGACAUGUAGGAUGGUGUUUGGUAGGAAGUACAUGGAGGAGAACUUGGAUAAUCGGGGCUUCAAAGCAGUCGUCAAUGAGCUCUUGGUGUUGAUCGGAUCCUUCAAUGCUGCGGAAUACAUUCCCUUUGCUGGGGCACUUGAUGUCCAAGGGAUUCGUCGCCGAAUGAAGGCCAUCAAUAAGGUCUUUAGCGACUUCUUUGACAAGAUCAUCGACGAGCACUUGCAAGACAGGGAGAUAAGGCAUCAGAAGGACUUCGUCGACUUCAUGCUGUCGUUCAUGGAGUCCAACAACAACGAAUUUCAAAUCGACCGGACCAAUAUCAAGGCAAUAAUCCUGGAAAUGCUCGUGGGUGCAACGGACACAUCUGCCACUGUAAUUGAGUGGGCCCUCUCGGAGCUCAUCAAGCAUCCGCGUGUAUUGAAGAAAGUCCAAGAAGAGUUAGAUAGUGUGGUGGGCAUGGAUCGAAUGGUCGAGGAAUCGGACCUGACCAACUUGGAGUACUUGGACAUGGUUGUGAAGGAAACCAUGAGGCUUCAUCCAGUGCUCCCAUUGCUAGUCCCUCAUGAAGCCAUGGAGGAUUGCAUGGUAAACGACUUCUACAUACCCAAAAACUCCCGUGUCAUCAUAAACGCAUGGGCGAUCGGGCGGGACCCGAAUGCAUGGCCGAAUGCUGGAGAAUUCUACCCAGAGAGGUUCAUUGGAGCUAGCAUAGACGUCAAGGGCCAUGACUUCCAACUUCUACCAUUUGGGUCUGGACGCAGAGGUUGCCCCGGUAUGCAGUUGGGCGUCACGGUGGUUCGACUCGCUGUAGCCCAGUUGAUCCAUUGCUUCGAUUGGGAGCUUCCAAACGGCGUGCGGCCUGAUGACUUGGACAUGAGCGAGAGGUUUUCCCUUGUGAUCCCAAGAGCGAAUUCUCUACUGGCUAUCCCGACUUACCGUCUUCGCCUUAAACAACAGUUCGUGAAUUGAGACGUAGUUUGUGGGUUGUAUGUGUGUGGUACGUGUGACUGCUGGCACGUUUAUGUGUUUAUCUUUAGUUGAUCAUGGUUAAAUCUAACCAUCCGUGGUUAUGUUGUGCCGUUAAAAUACAUUAUUUCCGACAUGGUUUCAGGGAUUGAACAGGUUUGAUGUGACUCAUAUGAGUAGACAAUCGAUUAGACCCAA